UGCAGUAUUUCCCGGAUAAAGAUAUGUGCAAUCUCUCCGCUGCAAGAACGCGAUAGACGACGAGCAGCGAGAAUUUCACCUGGAUGACGUUUCUGGCUAUUUAAACGUUUAUUUUGAGGUGGCGACUCCAUAAGCACAAGAGGGAUUAUUGUUGCAUGAUCCAGUAUUCUGAUUCAAAAUGCUGACAAUCAGCUUCUACGGGAGUCAGCCACCGCUCAAAAUGCCGGCUGACUCUGACCAGACUGUGGAAGAUCUUAUCAUUGCUGCGGCACGGGUCUUGGAGAUAGGGCCAGUAUGCCGUCACCUCUUUGGCCUCCGGUGCCCUGAUGGCCUGUGGCUGGCCAUUUCUAAGAAGUUGUCAGCACUACCGGAGAACAUAAACUUGCUGUUCCGACUGCGUUUCAAGGCCCACUCCUUACAAAGAUUGAAGAGUCUGGAUCCUAGUGCUUUUGAAUAUCUCUUUAAUCAGGUUCGAGCAGACUUCCACGCCAACGAAAUUCCUGAAUUGAUAAAACACCCUGAAGAUGGCCUGGGUUUGGUUGUGACAGAUAUUUUACUGUAUCUGCUGAAUAACCCAACCAAGAAAGUGGAAAAUGUGGACAUCAAAAGCUUUAUGCCAAAAGAGUUGAAUGGAUUUGCCAAUAGACUCAAUGUAAAGAAAAAUGUGGUCCAUUAUUUUGACACCUGGAGAGAUAAAGACGCUGCUUUUGUGCAUGAACGAUACCUUUCAAAGGUUGAAGAAAAACGGUGCAGUUAUGGCACUGAAGAAUAUGUGCUCUUGAUGGAUGAGGCUGGAAAAGAUUACAACAUCAGACUGGUCAUAGAUCCUUUCCAUUCUGAAUACCCUGGUCUACGCUAUACAUAUGCUUCUCAGAGGAAAGGGGCAUGGAUACAACUUUGCCGCUUGGAUGAGCUUGUGUUUGUGUCGACGAGGUUUCAGGACCUUACUGUUGAACUAUCCAGAGAAACAGGUGUCCCGUGUUAUUUCAAACUACAGACGAUAGAGCAGCUUGAGUCUUUUGUAGGAUGCUUGAAUGGGUACUACCGUCUCAUACGCAAUUGGAAUUUCGAUUUGUGCCAAGAACUAUCAACGCCUUCUCUUCUCUAUCUUCGUAGCAAUAAAUGCCAUGGACCAGUGGGAAAGCUAUUUUCAGCCAAGAAACUUAAGGAGAAAGGAGGAGGAGAAGUUGGUGUGGGUUUGUUGAGGGAGUCCACAACAGAACACGAGAAGUACAAAUUAGAUAUCAUUGUAGAAGCGAAUAAGCCUCCUAUAACUGUUACCAUAGACAGAGAGGGUGGCAAGGUCCACCUUGAAGGUAGAAAAGAGGAAUUGCAUGACAGUUUAAAGAACCUUCUUCGAGAUUUGAUCAUGAAAGACAAACUGGGAGUCAAGCUCUCGAGGAUAUUACCACCAUCUGACUAUGAUUAUGCUGAACUGCUCCUUGUGUGUGCCAGUAAGGACAAGCAAGUUCAGAACAACAGCCAGUCAGGGCCUAGGAUCAUAAGUAUGGACCACCUAACGGCAACAAGACAAAACAUUAAACGAGGUCAGUUCUCAUCCUUAAUUCGAGCGCAAUGGGAUGGUCUGGAGGACACCAAUGUGGCAGUUAAGAUUCCCAUACUCCAGAAUGAGUCUGAGAAGGAAUCAUUUUUAGCUGUGAUAAACAAGUUUGCCUUUGUUAAUUGUGAAUGCAUUGUCCACAUCUUCGGAGUAACGCUAAACCCUCUGUCGCUAGUCAUGGAAUUCUUCCCAUUAGGAGACCUCAGUUCAUAUCUUCAGCAAAAUAAGAGCAUUGAAGAGGUUGAGCUUGUGGAAGCAGCAACACACUUGGCACGAGCACUUUGGUACCUGAACCAAGAGGGUGUUCAGCAUAACAACAUUCGUUGUCACAACAUUUUGGUGGCAGAACACACAGAUCAAACUUUCAAGGUCAAACUUGGUGAUCCGGGAAUGGUCAGAUGCACUGAGAAAGAUAUUCACUGGAUACCAAGAGAACAUCACGCUCAUCCAGCAAUGGCAGUCAAUGAUGUUACUACUGACAUAUGGGCUUUUAGCACAACCCUAUGGCAGAUAUUUUCCAUGGGGAAAGAGCCAUUACCAGGUGCUGACCUGGAAGAGGUUCGUAAGCUUUAUGAAAUGGGACGUUUGUUGCCACGGCCGGAUCUCUGUCCACUUGACUUGUAUAAGGUCAUGGAGAGGUGUUGGUCUCGAGAUCCUCAAGCAAGACGACAGCCACAAGCCAUCAUGCGAGAUGUGAACCAAAUUCUAUACCAAGUCUUUAAUUCAAGGAAGAAACACUCGUACCAGACAAUCUACCGCGCAAGUUCAUCAACAACAGAGAACGAUAUUGAGGAAGACACCAAUAACGAUGUGGAUGAUUAUAACAGUUCCAUCACAACACAGGUCACGACAUUUACUCUAUCCGACGGCACCACUACCGAGUUUGUCAUGAAUAAGGUAUCAGAAGCUUUUGUUGACGACCUCAUCUCAAUAGGAUCUGAUUUUUAUCCGUUGCCGAUGGCCUACAACAAUGUCUACGCUGAAUCAGAGUCUCCUGAGGCAGCAGCUCCUACCUUUGGUGAAAACCUGACAAG